CGAGACUUUGAACCGAAACGUUACCUCCUUCGGACAGCGAUACACACUGGACGAUUUUAGCGAAGGUAUUUACCGAAAUGAUCCCACGACAGGUUAUACUUCCGUACUAAAGAAGUUGGCAAAACCACAAACCCCCAAUCGCAGCAAAUGGGUGGCGCUCAGCAUCAUGAUUCUCAUCACGGUACUACGAAGUUGAUCGUUAUGCGGCCGUUUGCUCCCCUUCAAACUAUUCACCUGGACGCGUUCCCACGCCAACAAGAGAAGGAACUAAUCUACAUUGUUUUGCCGCUAUCAGGGCGAAUUAGCACGUUCCAGAGUUUCAUGGAUAAAUAUGUUAAGAUUGCCCUAAAGCAUGACAAAUACGUCCAUCUGACUGUCGUCUAUUUCGGCGACUAUGGACUCUCUGAAGCUCGUACUAUCAUGAGUCGCGUGAUCGGUAUGAAGAACAGCGGAGGUACAGCUUCGAAUUUAAAGUUGCUGGCACUAAACGAAACAUUCUCGAGAGCUAAGGCAUUACGCGUUGGAGCAGAGAACGUGUGGAGCGGUCAGGCGGACAAGAACAAAGAUAUUUUAUUGUUCAUGUGCGAUGUAGAUAUAGUUUUUAGUGCAAAAUUUCUUGAUAGAUGCAGAUGGAACACUAAGCCCAAUAAAAUGGUAACGAUCACCCAGAAGUUGAAGGCCCUGGAACACUGCAAGAGCCAGCUGAACGCGGUACUCGGAUGGAAGCUGCUGCUGGUGCUACUUCAUCUGCUGCUGAAUAUAUCCUUUUGCACGUACGAUGUCGUCCAGAAGCUGAUGUAUGAGGGAGAACUUAACGAUGUUGCCCGUUCGGCCCUAAUCGCCACGCUGGACUCCGUAACGCUGUUCGUGCUGUGUUACUACUUCGAUCUACUCCAUGGAAAGAAAACACCGUAAGGCCAACGAGGUGAGCGUCACACCGAGCAUGAUCCGGAUCGAGCUGGCAUUCCAAACCCCUCUCUCCACCAACGGUGGUAGUGCAAU